CAGACCCAACUUUUUGUCGGCGGGAAUAAAUUGGGCUGGCAGCCAGGCUAACUUUACUCAUUAACGAUGUCAAAUUGUACAUAAGUAAUCUGAGAACUGUCUAUUGGGGAGGUGAUUGGCUGAAUGGAUUUUGUAGCCCUCCCUGGUUUCCAUGGUAGCGUGGUGUGGACUGUCUCGCGAUAUGCCCCAUGCGGAGUCGGCUGCAGUCACACCAAAACAAGAGAUCAGUUUUUACAGACUAACACACUGGCUUCACUUCAGUACUUGAUAUGGAUAAUGUGUAAUAUGAUUAUAGAUAUUCAGGUAUCUAGGUAGAUAGGUGUAUUCUCAAUACAUUUUUUAACAUGGCGAGUUGGACAAGCAGUCGGAAUGUAAAUGCAGCGGGUGAAGCACGCUGACAACCGACUCCUGUUCAUACCUGUAUUCAUCCGGGAUGGCUGAAUGUCCACAUUUAGAUGACAACUCGAGCGACGGUGACAACUGGGAACGUAAACUCAACAGCAGCUUAAGUCCCCAGCCCGCCGUGCCCCAGGUGGAGUUUGAGCUGGCGGCCAUGAGCCUGCACGGAGCGAGCGGCGCCGGCCUGGACCGCUCCCGGGACCGCCGGCGCUCCAGCGACCGCUCCCGCGACUCUUCCCACGACAGGGCAGAGGGUCAGCUGACGCCCUGCAUCCGCAACGUCACCUCCCCCACCCGCCAGCACCACUCUGACCGUGACAGAGAGGGGGGCUCCUCCUCCAGGCCCUCCAGCCCUCGCCCCCCCAAGCCGCCUCUCGGCACCCCAGGAGGAAGCCUGGCUCUGGGCAGCAUGGGCCGGUGCUCCUCCCUGGGCCACCCACUGUGCUCCGACAUGAUCUACGUGUACGACCUGAUCCGGGAGGGGCCGGGGCUGCGUGGCGUGCGCGCCGCCGAGAGGGUCACCCUCAUCGUAGACAACACGCGCUUCGUGGUCGACCCAGCCAUCUUCACCGCUCAGCCCAACACCAUGCUGGGGAGGAUGUUUGGUUCAGGGCGGGAGUACAACUUCACAAGACCCAACGAGAAGGGAGAGUUUGAGGUGGCAGAAGGGAUCAGUUCCACUGUGUUCAGGGCCAUCCUGGAUUACUACAAGUCGGGGAUAAUCCGCUGUCCCGAUGGCGUCUCCAUCCCGGAGCUGAGGGAUGCGUGUGACUACCUCUGCAUCUCCUUCAACUACAGCACCAUCAAGUGUAGAGACCUGAGUGCCCUGAUGCACGAGCUGUCUAACGACGGCGCGCGGCGGCAGUUUGAGUUCUACCUGGAGGAGAUGGUGCUGCCCCUGAUGGUGGCCAGCGCCCAGAGCGGAGAGCGGGAGUGUCACGUGGUGGUGCUGACGGACGACGACGUGGUGGACUGGGACGAGGAGUACCCACCGCAGAUGGGAGAGGAGUACUCACAGAUUAUAUACAGCACAAAACUGUACAGAUUCUUCAAGUACAUUGAGAACAGAGAUGUAGCCAAGUCCGUGUUGAAGGACAGAGGCCUGAAGAAAAUCAGACUGGGCAUUGAAGGUUACCCCACCUACAAAGAGAAGGUGAAGAAGCGCCCUGGGGGUCGCCCGGAGGUCAUCUACAACUACGUCCAGCGGCCCUUCAUCAGGAUGUCCUGGGAGAAGGAGGAGGGCAAGAGCCGCCACGUGGACUUCCAAUGCGUGAAGAGCAAGUCCAUCACCAACCUGGCGGCGGCGGCCGCAGACAUCCCCCAGGACCAGCUGGUGAUGCUGCAGCCGCCCAACCCCCAGGUGGACGAGCUGGACAUCCAGCCCCAGGCCCAGCCCCCCAGCUACCACUACGAGCCCCCAGACUCUGACUCUCCCUCGCCAGCCGUAUGAGGAGCGGACCCCGACCUCAGACCCCUGAACUUACUGCCUGCCUCUCAAACACCACUUCCAUUUGCUGGAUCAGCUGCCACUAUGAAGUACUCCUUUCCUCCUCCUCCUCUCUUUUCUCCUCUCCUCUUCCCCAGUCGUCCUCUCCUCUCCUCCACUGUUGGCAGCAGGAACCACUUCUGCCUUGUUGCUGAUCUUCUGCAGCCUUCCAGAGCCUCAGACAGGAAAAGACUGACAGUCCGACACAUCGGGUCAAACAACAGCCGCGGAACGGAGAGGCGCACAGUAAAGCCACUCCUCCACAUGCGAGGUUUUUCUUUUUUUUACCGACCGAAGGAGAUUUUGUAUUUUUUAUCUGUAUUGUUUUUACUGCACAGAAAAGUAGAUUUUAUUAAAAGGAAUAUAGUUAGUAAGGAUGUGAGUUAGGGUAUGUUCCUGUGUUCUAGGUAGAGCUCCCCACCACGUCCUUAGGGCUCCUCACACGGCACAGGUCACAUGUUUAGGAAGACCACCCCAGCGAAGAGGAAGCACCACGAAGGUUUGUCGUCUUUGUGAAGGUACCCGCCCCAGUGCUAGCUACGACACGACACAGCUGACUGUAGAACAUCCUCACCCUUCCUGCGCAGCCCUGGUCCUUAUUGGACGGAACCCACCCAAGUAUUGGUGCUGCUCUGUGGAUGUACUGUACUUCCCCCUGUCCUGGGGUGUGCUUCUCGGACCAUGGCUCCUCUAGCGCCCCCUCUUGGUGUGGGUGUGUUGAACCAGCCUGUUUAGCAGGUAUGAGGCUCUCUCUGGUCGCUGGGAUAACAGGCUUCACUCUGAAUAAAAUAAAAUCAUUCUUUUUUGUUUUUUAAAUAAUGAAUCCGUUGACUUUCCCUUGUUCUCUCGCUUUUGAGUUUCAUUUGGUUUGCAAAAAAAAUGUGCCAAAGCUGACUUAGUCCUCCUGAGUGGAGCAGUGAUUCUGGUACGACCCAUUAACAACAAAGAGCCCCAACCUGCA